AGUCUUCUCCGAAUAGUAGGGUUGUUGUUUAUUGUUUUUUUUCUUCUUUCCAGCUACACAAUAAUUAGGAUCACUCCUUUCAAAUAUAUAUCGUGUAAUCAAGCAAAGAUCUACUAUAGACAAAGAUCUGAAUUGGAACAAUUAAGAAUUAUUAAAGGGGAUAAAAAUCUGCCCGGAAAAUGGCCGAAGAUCAGAAACAGCAUAAAAUAUCAAGUACUUUGGUCAAUGAUGAGAAGAAAAUCAUUCGUAAGGAAGUUGAGAAACAAAGGAGGAUGCAAAUGUCUAUUCUAUGCUCAUCACUCAGCUCUUCACUUCCUUUUCACCUAAUUAAGGGAAAGCGUUCAGUAUCAGAUCAAAUAGGUGAGGCAGCAAAUUAUGUUCAAUUUCUGAAGGAGAAGGUUAAUGAACUUGAAGUGAAGAGGGAUAAGCUCAAAGAAAUUAUUAGUUCAAGAAUGAUUGAAACUGCAAAUAUUGAAUUAUCAGCAGAUCCUUCAAAUAUGGUGAAGUGUGUCAACAUUAAUCAAAUUCCAGAUGGGGUGGAAAUUGUUAUAUGCCUUGGUUUCGAGGAUUGCGGUUCGCGUUUAUCAGAUUUAAUGAAAAUAAUAGUUCAAGAAGGAUGUGAUGUUGUUCACUGUGUUACCAACCAUGUUAAUGGGAAGAUAUUUCAUACUAUUAAAUCCGAGGUGGAAGACUUGACACACUUUGAUCUUGCUAGGCUGCAAAACAAACUGGAUCACGCAAUCUUAUUGUCAAGGUAGUCAUGUAUAGCAUGUCAUGAGGAGAGAACCAAGUGCUAUUUGUGAUAUCAGGACUAUACAUAAAAAUAUGAUCAGUAUUUUCCUUCUUUGAUUAACUUGUACUUGUAAUGUCCGUGCAUUUGAUGCCAAAACAUUUCUUACUAAAGUCAAUAUGUGUGACUAUGAUUAGGAUUCUCAAGCGGCCUUCAGUUGAUUUGUAUGUAAUGAAUGUUAGUACUGGUGUUUCAUAUUUCUAAUUUCUUGCCUUAGCCUGAU